UUUCCAUUGAUUGGAAACCUGCUUCAACUUGGUGACAAACCGCACAAGUCCCUUGCCAAAACACAUGGCCCUUUGAUGAGCCUAAAACUAGGCAAAGUAACAGCCAUUGUUGUUUCUUCAGCAGCCAUGGCCACGGAAGUCCUCCAAACCCAUGACCAGUUCUUAUCCAACCGAACAAUCCCCGAUUCGAUUCGAGCUCAUGAUCACCACACUGUUGGCCUACCAUGGAUUCCAGUUUCAACCCUGUGGAGAAACCUUAGGAAAAUAUGCAACACUGAACUGUUUGCCAAUAAAAUGCUUGAUUCUAACCAAAACCUCAGGCGCAAGAAAGUGCAGGAGCUCAUUGGACAAGUCCACAGAAGCAGCCAAGCUGAUGAAGCAGUGGAUAUUGGGAGGGCAGCCUUCACAACAACACUGAAUUUGUUGUCUAACACAAUUUUUUCCAUUGAUUUGGCCGACCCAAGUUCUGAAAUGGCCAGGGAGUUCCAGGAGAUGGUGUGUAAUAUUAUGAUGGAGGCUGGGAAGCCAAAUUUGGGAGACUAUUUUCCUGUGCUUAGGAAGAUUGAUCCCCAUGGCAGAAGGCGGAGGAUGACAGAGUACUUUGGGAAGAUAUUGGAUCUGCUUGACGACAUAGUAAACCAAAGGUUGAAGCUGAGAGAAUUGCCUGGUUCUACAACAAAAGAUGAUUUGUUAGAUACCCUUCUCAACAUUACUGAGGAAAACAGUGAGGUGAUCAACAAAAAUGAAAUCUAUCAUCUGUUACUGGUUCUAUUUGUUGCUGGAUCAGACACAACUUCAUCCACAUUCCAAUGGGCAAUGGCAGAGCUACUGCACAACCCUGAGGUUUUGUCAAAGGCCCAACUAGAGCUUGAACAAGUAAUUGGCAAAGGCAACCCAGUUGAGGAAUCAGACAUUGCUAGACUGCCUUACCUGCAAGCCAUAGUCAAAGAGACCUUCAGGUUGCACCCUGCAGUUCCUUUGUUACUUCCCCGAAAGGCGGGAGCAGAUGUAGAAAUCAAAGGAUUCACAGUACCGAAGGGUGCACAAGUGCUUGUUAACACAUGGGCUAUUGGCAGAGACCCCAGCCUCUGGGAUGAACCCAAUUCAUUCAAGCCAGAGAGGUUCUUGGGAUCAGAAAUUGAUGUUAAAGGCCGGAACUUUGAGCUUAUACCGUUCGGAGCUGGACGAAGAGUAUGUCCUGGAUUGCCAUUGGCAAUGAGAAUGCUGUACUUAAUGUUGGGUACUCUUAUCCAUUCCUUUGAUUGGAAGCUUGAAGAUGGGGUCACACCAGAGAACAUGAACAUGGAUGAUAAGUUUGGCAUCACCUUAGAGAUGGCCCAAUCCUUGCGAGCUGUCCCUGUCUCUUUGUAAAUUGUAAACUUCAUGUUUGCAUCAGUAUUUCAUGAAAUGUUAUUGUUCUGCCA